AUGGAUAUCCGCGGGGCAGUGGACGCUGCAGUGCCCACCAACAUCAUCGCUGCCAAGGCAGCUGAGGUCCGAGCCAACAAGGUCAACUGGCAGUCAUACCUGCAGUAAGUACACUAACCUCUCCUCUCUUCAUACAUCCUUUUAGCUCCCUCGUAUUUUGUUCAUAGGACACUAGGCUUAUGCCUGUUUGCCCUUUAAAGCUGCAGUAUGUAACGUUUUGGGUGACCUGACCAAAUUCACAUUAUUUUAUUUAUUUUUUACCUUUUAUUUAACUAGGCAAGUCAGUUAAGAACACAUUUUUAUUUAUAAUAAUAUGCCAUUUAGCAGACGCUUUUAUCCAAAGCGACUUACAGUCAUGCGUGCAUAAUUUUGUUUUUUGUUGUGUAUGGGUGGUCCCGGGGAUCGAACCCACUACCUUGGCGUUACAAGAGUCGUGCUCUACCAGCUGAGCUACAGAGGACCACAUAUUUACAAUGACGGCCUACUCCGGCCAAACCCGGACGACGCUGGGCCAAUUGUGCACCGCCCUAUGGGACUCCCAAUCACAGCUGGAUUGUGAUACAGCCUGGAAUCUAACCAGGAUCUGUAGUGACGCCUCAAGCACUGACAGCUGCGCUGCUUGGGAGCCCAAACAUUGACAUGUUUGUUAUAGAUCUGUCAUUCUUAUUGAAAGGAAGUCUAAGGUCCUCUGUAGCUCAGCUGGUAGAGCACGGCGCUUGUAACGCCAAGGUAGUGGGUUCGAUCCCCGGGACCACCCAUACACAAAAAAUGUAUGCACGCACGACUGUAAGUCGCUUUGGAUAAAAGCGUCUGCUAAAUGGCUUAUUAUUAUUAUUAUUAUUAUUAUUAAAAAGCUGUAGAACUGUUCUGUGAGCUUUUUAUAUGCUUCCUGGUCUUAAGUUUGGUUUUGUACACCAGCUUCAAACACUUAAAUACAAUAUUUUGGGUUAUGAAAAAUAAAUAUUUUUUAGAUGGUACAAUGAUUCUCUACACUUGUUUGUUUUGUCACAAACUGAAAUUAGGCAAACUUUUUAGAAUUUUAGCAACCAGGAAGUGGCGGAACGAUUUCUGCAUAGUGCACCUUUUCAUUCUGGCAUUUUCAUGCUGGGCACGAGGCCUAGUACUAGCCUGUAGGUUAUUUACGUAUUUCUCAGGGCUGUGAGUCACAGUCUUGUGGAAAUGAGUUAUUCAUGGCUGUCCAUUCAUAGUACUACACUGACUCUUCUAAUCAUGGUCUUUAAUGAGAAGUUGAAUCGGCUUGUAAAGUUUUGGGCUGGGACAAAAGCCAGGUCACACUGCUCUUGUAGUAUUUCCAGGAGUAAUGCGAGCAUUGUCAGAUACUGCAAGCUGCUUCUGUAAUUAGGAACUAAGUGUUAAACAGAAGUCAAAAGACAGACAGAGCAGUUAAUCCCAGUGUCUUUAUCUAAAGCAGAACUAGGCCUAACCCUGGGAUUCACCGCUCCAUCUAAAGCAGAACUAGGCCUAACCCUGAGAUUUACUGUUCUAUCUAAAGCAGAACUAGGCCCAUAACACUGGGAUUCUAGUCUGACUAUGUGGACCCCCAGGAAGAGCAGCUGAUGCUUUUGCAGUGGCUAAUGGGGAUCCUAAUAAAUACCAAAUUAUAUUCUUUUUUGAGUGUUCUCAUUGUACAGUACCAGUCAAAAGUUUGAACACACCUACUCAUUCCAGUUAAAUAAAAUAAAAUAAAAAAUUAAACUAUUUUCUACAUUGUAGAAUAAUAGUGAAGACAUCAAAACUAUGAAAUACCACAUAUGGAAUCAUGUAGUAACCAAAAAAGUGUUAAACAAAUAUUUUAUAUUUGAGAUUCUUCAAGUAGCCACCCUUUGCCUUGAUGACAGCUUUGCACACUCUUGGCAUUCUCUCAACCAGCUUCAUGAGGAAUGCUUUUCCAACAGUCUUGAAGGAGUUCCCACAUAUGCUGAGCACUUGUUGGCUGCUUUUCCUUCACUCUGCCGUCCGACUCAUCCCAAACCAUCUCAAUUGGGUUGAGGUCGGGGGAUUGUGGAGGCCAGGUCAUCUGAUGCAGCACUCCAUCACUCCUUGGUUAAAUAGCCCUUACACAGCCUGGAGGUGUGUUGGGUCAUUGUGUCUCAAGUUUUGAUGUCUUCACAAAUAUUCUACAAUGUAGAAAAUUAAGAAAAACCCUUGAAUUAGUAGGUUUAUCCCAACUUUUGACUGGUACUGUAUGUCUAACUUGUGUAUUUUAAUAGUCAUCACUCAUACUGUGUGUAUCUUGUCUCAAAGGGUUCAAAUGAUUUCAGCAGAGGUCAGCAGAGGUCAGAGGUCGGGGCAAAACAAUGUAUAUCUAUCUAUAUGAUAUAGGCCAAUCAGUUAUGUGUCUCGAGGUCAUAUGAUUGGGGUCAGGUGACUUCAGGAGUGGAUUACUGAAUUAACAUUUGUAGUUUAAUAAUCAUGCUGUGUAGCCUAUUUCCUAUGGGUCAAUCAUUUUGCCAAAUAGUAUGAGGACUAUAAACAUGUGAAGGAGUCAAAUAACAUGCAGCCCAGAAACCCAUACAUUCCCCACAAGCACGACUCCAACACCAUCAUUAAGUUUGCUGACGACACAACGGUGGUAGGCCUGAUCACCAACAACGAUGAGACAGCCUAUAGGGAGGAGAUCAGAGACCUGGCAGUGUGGUGCCAGGAUAACAACCUCUCCCUCAACAUGAUCAAGACAAAGGAGAUGAUCGUGGACUACAGGAAAAGGAGGACCGAGCACACCCCCAUUCUCAUCGACGGGGCUGUAGUGGAGCGGGUCGAGAGUUUCAAGCUCCUUGGUGUCCACAUCACCAACAAACUAUCAUGGUCCAAACACACCAAGACAGUCAUGAAGAGGGCACGAAAACACAUUUUCGCCCUCAGGAGACUGAAAAGAUUUGGCAUGUGUCCCCAGAUCCUCAAAAGGUUCUACAGCUGCACCAUCGAGAGCAUCCUGACUGGUUGCACCACAGCCUGGUAUGGCAACUGCUCGGCCUCCGACCGCAUGGCACUACAGAGGGUAGUGCGUACGGCCCAGUACAUCACUGGGGCCAAGCUUCCUGCCAUCCAGGACCUCUAUACCAGGCGGUGUCAGAGGAAGACCCAAAAAAUGGUCAAAGACUCCAGUCACCCUAGUCAUAGACUGUUCUCUCUGCUACCGCACGGCAAGCGGUACCGGAGCGCCAAGUCUAGGUCCAAAAGGCUUCUCAACAGCUUCUACCCUCAAGCCAUAAGACUCCUGAACAGCUAAUUAUCUAUGCAUAGUCACUUUACCUCUACCUACAUGUACAUAUUACCUCGACUAACCUGUACCCCCGCACAUUGACUCUGUACCGGUACCCCCUAUAUAUAGCCUCAUUACUGUUAUUUUAUUGUAAAAAAAUAAAUAAAAUAGUUUUUUAUGGGGGUAGAUCCGCUUUAAUAUUUCAGAUUGUAACUUCCAUCAAUGUAAUUGUCUGCAUCACUUCCAAACCCCCAUGUUUUUUUUUUCUCGCAUAUAUAUAUAUACACACACACACACACACACACACACACACACACACACACACACACAUUCUUUUAAAAAUAAAUUUCCCUUCAUUACUUUCCAACCCCACCACCCCCUUCCCCAAUUGGAGUAAACUAGUGAACAACAACGCUUAGGCCUCUACUUCCAGCCCAUGUUAUUUUAUUGUUGCUCUUUAAUUAUUUGUUAUUUUUCUGUUUUCAUUUUUAUUUGUUUAUUUAGUAAAUACUUAACCAACAAUGCAGUUAAGAAAAAAUAAGUGUUAAGGGCUUGUCAGUAAGCCUUUCACUGUGAGGUCUCCACCUGUUGUAUUCGUCGCAUGUGACCAAUAACAUGUGAUUAUUUUAUUUUAGACUUAUGUGACGCAGCGAAUUUUGCCUAGUCAAGAUCAAAUGCACAAACAGAUCCUAAGAAAUAGAUUCAAAUACCAAAGAUCCUCACCUGGCCUGUUUUUUAUUUUAGGCUAUUGGUGUUAUUGGGCUAGAUACAGUGCUUUCGGGAAGUAUUCAGACCCCUUGACUUUUUCAAAAUUUUGUUACGUUACAGCCUUAUUCCAAAAUGUAUGAAAUUAUUUUUUCCCCUCAUCUUUCUACACAAACGAAAAACGUUUUUUAGAAAUUUUUGCACAUUUAUGUGUCGAGGCACAGAUCUGGGGAAGGGUACCAAAACAUUGCUGUAGCAUUGAAGGUCCCCAAGAACAUAGUGGCCUCCAUCAUUCUUAAAUGGAAGAAGUUUGGAACCACCAAGACUCUUCCUAGAGCUGGCCGCCCGGCCAAACUGAGCAAUCGGGGGAGAAGGGCCUUUGUCAGGGAGGUGACCAAGAACCCGAUGGUCGGCCUCCCGAGUGGCGCAGCGGUCUAAGGCACUGCAUUGCAUUGCUUGAGGCGUCACUACAGACCCGGGUUCAAUCCCAGGCUGUGUCACAACCGACCGGGAGUCCCACAGGGUGGUGCACAAUUAGCCCAGCGUCGUCCGGGUUAGGGGAGGGUUUGGCCGGGGGGAGCUUUACUUGGCUCAUCGUGCUCUAGCGACUCCAUGUGGCGGGCCGGGCACCUGCAGGCUGACUUCGGUCGUCAGGUGAAUGGUGUUUCCUCCCGACACAUUGGUGCAUCUGGCUUCCAGGUGGGUGUUAAGAAGCGCGUUUUGGCGGGUCAUGUUUCGGAGGAUGCAUGAUUCGACUUUCGCCUCUCCCGAGCCCAUUGGGGAGUUGCAGCGAUGAGACAAGAUCGCAGUUGAAUAUCACGAAAUUGGGGAGAUAAAGGGGGUAAUAAAUAAAUUCAAUAAAAAAUAACCAGAUGGUUACUCGGACAGAGUUCCUCUGUGGAGAUGGGAGAAACUUCCAGAAGGACAACCAUCUCUGCAGCACUCCACCAAUCAGGCGGAAGCCACUCCUCAGUAAAAGGCACAUGACAGCCCGCUUGGAGUUUGCCAAAAGGCACCUAAAGGACUCUGACCAUGAGAAACAAGAUUAUCUGGUGUGAUGUGGGGAUGUUUUUCAGCGGCAGGGACUGGGAGACUAGUCAGGAUCGAGGGAAAGACGAACAGCGCAAAGUACAGAGAGACCCUUGAUAACCUCCUCCAGAGCACUCAGGACCUCAGACUGGGGCGAGGAUUCACCUUCCAACAGGACAACAACCCUAAGCACACAGCCAAUACAACGCAGGAGUGGCUUCUGGACAAGUCUCUGAAUGUCCUUGAGUGGCCCAGCCAGAGCCCGGACUUGAACCCGAUCGAACAUCUCUGGAGAGACCUGAAAAUAGCUUUGCAGCGACGCACCCCAUCCAACCUGACAGAGUUUAAAAGAAUCUGCAGAGAAGAAUGGGAGAAACUCUCCAAAUACAGGUGUGCCAAGCUUGUAGCGUCAUACCCAAGAAGACUCAAGGCUGUAAUCGAUGCCAAAGGUGCUUCAACAAAGUACUGAGUAAAGGGUCUGAAUACUUAUGCCACUUUUAUAUUUCAAUUUUUUUGCUUCGUCAUUAUGGGGUAUACGUUAAAUAAGGCUUUAACGUAACAUACUUUCCGAAUGCAUUGUAUAUACAAUGGAUAUGUGGAAACUCCUUCAAAUUUGUGGGUUCUGCUAUUUCAGCCACACCCGUUGCUAACAGGUGUAUAAAAUUGAGCACACAGCCAUGCAACCGCCAUAGACAAACAUUGGCAGUAGAAUGGCCUUACUGAAGAGCUCAGUGACUUUCAACGUGGCACCUUCAUAGGAUGGCACCUUUCCAACAAGUCACUUUGUCGAAUUUAUGCCCUGCUUGAGCUGCCCCUGUCAACUGUAAGUGCUGUUAUUGUGGAAACGUCUAGGAGCAACAACAGCUCAGCCACGAAGUGGUAGGCCACACAAGCUCACAGAACGGGACCGCCGAGUGCUGAAGCACAUAGCGCGUAAAAAUCGUCUGUCAUCGGUUGCAACACUCACUACCAAGUUCCAAACUGCCUCUGUAAGCAACGUCAGCACAAGAACUGUUCGUCGGGAGCUUCAUGACAUGGGUUUCCAUGGCCGAGCAGCCACACACAAGCCGAAGAUCACCAUGCGCAAUGCCAAGCAUCGGCUGGAGUGGUGUAAAGCUCGCCGCCAUUGGACUCUGGAGCAGUGGAAACAUGUUCUCUGGAGUGAAUCACGCUUCACCAUCUGGCGGAUGCAUAGUGCCAACUGUAAAGUUUGGUGGAGGAGGAAUAAUGGUGUGGGGCAGUUUUUCAUGGUUCGGGCUAGGCCCCUUAGUUCCAGUGGAGGGGAAUCGUGACGCUUCAGCAUACAAUGACAUUCUAGACUAUUCUGUGCUUCCAACUUUGUGGCAAGAAAUAUUUAAAUUCCAAAGCUGUCUGUCUGACCUCCCCGCCCGCAAAAUGAAAAAUGCUGACUGUGCCGCAAUGCUGUGUCGGGGUCUCGCUGGAUUCCCCUGCUGUGUCGGGGUCUCGCUGGAUUCCCCUGCUGUGUCGGGGUCUCGCUGGAUUCCCCUGCUGUGUCGGGGUCUCGCUGGAUUCCCCUGCUGUGUCGGGGUCUCGCUGGAUUCCCCUGCUGUGUCGGGGUCUCGCUGGAUUCCCCUGUUGUGUCGGGGUCUCGCUGGAUUCCCCUGCUGUGUCGGGGUCUCGUGGGAUUCCCCUGCUGUGUCGGGGUCUCGCUGGAUUCCCCUGCUGUGUCGGGGUCUCGCUGGAUUCCCCUGCUGUGUCGGGGUCUCGCUGGAUUCCCCUGCUGUGUCGGGCCUGCAGGACUCGUGGGAUUCCCGUGCUCUGUCGGGCCUGCAGGUCUCGUGGGUUUCUGUGUGAAUACAGACGUCUUAACGUGCAGCGGAGUAGGUGGCUACUGGAACUGCCCAGUGACAUGGGGGAAGUAGGCAGAAUGUCCUAUUCUCUUUCUGCAUCAGACUUUACUUCUUACUUGAACGUUGUUGUGUUUUUAAAAGGCUAAAUUACACAUUUUGUUAACAUAUGACCCCAAAGUGAUCUGUUCUUGCAAUUUUAAGUCUGACUUUUUAGAUUUGGAUAUGAUAAUUUAUCACAAAGUAGUUUGAAUUUAGUGAACUUCUUUUCCAAAGUACUUAAAAAAUAAAAAUAAUAAUUAAGGGUAGCUUUAGUGUAGCUUAACUUCUUCCAGUGUGAAUUAAUUUAUAGCUUUUUAAACCCUAUUUUCAGAGUAGCUUCCCCAAGACUGUGGUAAUAAUCAUGCUGUGUGUGCCUUGUCUCAUAGGGGUCAGAUGAUCUCUGCCGAGGACUGCGAGUUCAUUAAGAAGUUUGAAGUGGCUCACUGUGAGGAAAAACAGACCAUCCUCACCAACGAAGGACAUCAGGUACAACGCACGUGUACACCACGUACAUACACACACACACACACACACACACACACAAUAAACCCGCUAGCUGUUGCUGCAUUUAAUGUAGCUUCAGAUUUGUAACGGGCUGAUGUGAUUCCCUAUUACUAGGGUUGGGCGGUAUCCAGAUUUUCAUCCAGUCAUACCUUUUCUGUACCAUACCACGGGAUUAUAUUCUGUACCAUACCACGGGAUUAUAUUCUGUACCAUACCACGGGGAUAUAUUCUGUACCAUACCACGGGGAUAUAUUCUGUACCAUACCACGGGGAUAUAUUCUGUACCAUACCACGGGGAUAUAUUCUGUACCAUACCACGGGGAUAUAUUCUGUACCAUACCACGGGGAUAUAUUCUGUACCAUACCACGGGAUUAUAUUCUGUACCAUACCACGGGAUUAUAUUCUGUACCAUACCACGGGGAUAUAUUCUGUACCAUACCACGGGGAUAUACGGUAGUACAGGAAGUGCACACAAGGGGUGCUAUUAAACAAAGACAGGUGUACCAUGACAUGCACCACUGAGGUGGACCCACCUGUCUGAAUCAAUGAGAAAAUAGACAAGAUGUUGUUGUUGUUGUUGUUGGAGUACAUCAUGGAGCGAACAUUAACAUUAGAAUGUAGCAUUUUCUAAGGUCUAAUGAACCACGUUUUAUAACAUACAUGUUUGGCUGAAUCGAGAACGAAUAUCGUAUCGGCAAGUUAUGGUUGGUCGUGAAUGAUCUUUGCUAUGUCAAAACGUACCUAUCCUGUAAUGGGGAAUCUCCUCUGUAGCUACAUUUUACUGGUACGUGCAUAUCCUCCAAGAUGGGGUUUCAGAUUAGCCGGUCUUCAUUUAAUGCAUGACGUUUUCACAAGGAUUCCUUGUGUGCUGUCUUCAUGUACAUUUUGUCAGUGGUGUCUUGUUUCAGUGUGUGUGUAUAUAGUGUGUGUUUGUGUGUGUGUGUGUGUGUGUAUACAGUGUGUGUGUGUAUACAGUGCAUUCAGAAAGUAUUCAGACCCCUCAACGUUUUCCACAUUUUGUUACAUUAUAGCCUUAUCCUGAUGUUUUUCCUCAGCAAUCUACACUAUAAUGAGAAGGGGGGGGGGGGAAGGUUUUUAGACAUUUUUCAAAUGUAUUAUAUUCAAAGUAUUCAGACCCUUUGCUAUGAGACUCGAAAUUGUGCUCAGGUGCAUCCUGUUUCCAUUGGAGUCCACCUGCAAAAGCCAAGCCAUGAGGUCGAAGGAAUUGUCUGUAGAUCUGGGGAGGGUACCAAAACAUGUCUGCAGCAUUGAAGGUCCCCAAGAACACAGUGGCCUCCAUCAUUCUUAAAUGGAAGCAGUUUGGAACCACCAAGACUCUUCCUAGAGCUGGCCACCAACCUUCCAGGGACCUUCAAUGCUGCAGACAUGUUUUGGUACCCCUCCCCAGAUCUACGGACAAUUCCUUCGACCUCAUGGCUUGGUUUUUGCUCUGACAUGCACUGUCAACUGUGGGACCUUAUAUAGACAGGUGUGUGUCUUUCCAAAUCAUGUCCAAUCAAUUGAAUUUACCACAGGUGGACUCCAAACGAGUUAUAGAUACACAAGAGUCGUUAGAAGGUAAAGGGUUCUUCUACAUAGAAGAUCAUAGGAAAUCCCAGGACAUAGUGUCUAUAAUACUGUAAGGGGUUCUUCUACAUAGUAGAUCAUAGGAAAUCCCAGGACAUAGUGUCUAUAAUACUGUAAGGGGUUCUUCUACAUAGAAGAUCAUAGGAAAUCCCAGGACAUAGUGUCUAUAAUACUGUAAGGGGUUCUUCUACAUAGAAGAUCAUAGGAAAUCCCAGGACAUAGUGUCUAUAAUACUGUAAGGGGUUCUUCUACAUAGUAGAUCAUAGGAAAUCCCAGGACAUAGUGUCUAUAAUACUGUAAGGGGUUCUUCUACAUAGUAGAUCAUAGGAAAUCCCAGGACAUAGUGUCUAUAAUACUGUAAGGGGUUCUUCUACAUAGAAGAUCAUAGGAAAUCCCAGGACAUAGUGUCUAUAAUACUGUAAGGGGUUCUUCUACAUCGAAGAUCAUAGGAAAUCCCAGGACAUAGUGUCUAUAAUACUGUAAGGGGUUCUUCUACAUAGUAGAUCAUAGGAAAUCCCAGGACAUAGUGUCUAUAAUACUGUAAGGGGUUCUUCUACAUAGUAGAUCAUAGGAAAUCCCAGGACAUAGUGUCUAUAAUACUGUAAGGGGUUCUUCUACAUAGAAGAUCAUAGGAAAUCCCAGGACAUAGUGUCUAUAAUACUGUAAGGGGUUCUUCUACAUAGAAGAUCAUAGGAAAUCCCAGGACAUAGUGUCUAUAAUACUGUAAGGGGUUCUUCUACAUAGUAGAUCAUAGGAAAUCCCAGGACAUAGUGUCUAUAAUACUGUAAGGGGUUCUUCUACAUAGUAGAUCAUAGGAAAUCCCAGGACAUAGUGUCUAUAAUACUGUAAGGGGUUCUUCUACAUAGAAGAUCAUAGGAAAUCCCAGGACAUAGUGUCUAUAAUACUGUAAGGGGUUCUUCUACAUAGAAGAUCAUAGGAAAUCCCAGGACAUAGUGUCUAUAAUACUGUAAGGGGUUCUUCUACAUAGUAGAUCAUAGGAAAUCCCAGGACAUGGUGUCUAUAAUACUGUAAGGGGUUCUUCUACAUAGAAGAUCAUAGGAAAUCCCAGGACAUAGUGUCUAUAAUACUGUAAGGGGUUCUUCUACAUAGUAGAUCAUAGGAAAUCCCAGGACAUAGUGUCUAUAAUACUGUAAGGGGUUCUUCUACAUAGAAGAUCAUAGGAAAUCCCAGGACAUAGUGUCUAUAAUACUGUAAGGGGUUCUUCUACAUAGUAGAUCAUAGGAAAUCCCAGGACAUGGUGUCUAUAAUACUGUAAGGGGUUCUUCUACAUAGAAGAUCAUAGGAAAUCCCAGGACAUAGUGUCUAUAAUACUGUAAGGGGUUCUUCUACAUAGAAGAUCAUAGGAAAUCCCAGGACAUAGUGUCUAUAAUACUGUAAGGGGUUCUUCUACAUAGAAGAUCAUAGGAAAUCCCAGGACAUAGUGUCUAUAAUACUGUAAGGGGUUCUUCUACAUAGAAGAUCAUAGGAAAUCCCAGGACAUAGUGUCUAUAAUACUGUAAGGGGUUCUUCUACAUAGUAGAUCAUAGGAAAUCCCAGGACAUGGUGUCUAUAAUACUGUAAGGGGUUCUUCUACAUAGAAGAUCAUAGGAAAUCCCAGGACAUAGUGUCUAUAAUACUGUAAGGGGUUCUUCUACAUAGUAGAUCAUAGGAAAUCCCAGGACAUGGUGUCUAUAAUACUGUAAGGGGUUCUUCUACAUAGUAGAUCAUAGGAAAUCCCAGGACAUGGUGUCUAUAAUACUGUAAGGGGUUCUUCUACAUAGAAGAUCAUAGGAAAUCCCAGGACAUAGUGUCUAUAAUACUGUAAGGGGUUCUUCUACAUAGUAGAUCAUAGGAAAUCCCAGGACAUGGUGUCUAUAAUACUGUAAGGGGUUCUUCUACAUAGAAGAUCAUAGGAAAUCCCAGGACAGUCUAUAAUAGUGAGUCGUUAGAAGGUAAUGGGUUCUUCUACAUACAUUUUACAUUUUAGUCAUUUAGCAGACGCUCUUAUCCAGAGCGAUUUACAGUUAGUGAGUGCAUACAUUUUCAAUUAAACCCUAUGUAAUCUAUAAAAACUGUGACAGAAAAUGGAUGAUUUGCAGUAUGGAUCAGAUGGAGGUCAUUACCACAUUAAUUAAUAGGGAAAUGUUAGGUGUGCGGCAGAUUUGUAUAGCAUCAAGGUUUGCCACGGUUAAAAAAAGGUUGUGAACCACUGGCCUAGGCUACAAGGGUAAGGGGCAGGGGCGCAGCCAUGGGUGGGCCCAAUCAGAAAAAAAAUUCCCCCCACAAAAGGGCUUUAUUAAUGACAAAUACUCCUCAGUUUCAUCAGCUGUCCGGGUGGCUGGUCUCAGACGAUCCCGCAGGUGAAGAAGCCGGAUGUGGAGGUCCUGAGCUGUCGUGGUUACACGUGGUCUACGGUUGUAAGGCUGGUUGGAUGUACUGCCAAAUUCUCAAAAAUGACGUUGGAGGUGGCUUAUAUUAACAUAAAAUUAUCUGGCAACAGCUCUGGUGGACAUUCCUGCAGUCAGCAUGCCAAAUGCACGCUCCCUCAACUUGAGACAUCUGUGGCGUUGUGUUGUGGGACAAAGCUGCACAUUUUAGUGGCCUUUUAUUGUCCCCAGCACAAGGUGCACCUGUGUAAUGAUCAUGCUGUUUAAUCAGCUUCUUGAUAUGCCACCUGUCAAGUGGAUGGAUUAUCUUGGCAAAGAAGAAAUGCUCACUAACAGGGAUGUAAACAAAUUUGUGCACAAAAUUAGCAAGAAAUAAGCAUUUUGUGCAUAUGGAACCUUUCUGGGAUCUUUUAUUUCAGCUCAUGAAACAUGGGACCAACACUUUACAUGUUGUUUGUUUUUGUUCAGUGUGUAUUUGUUUUUCUUCAACCACAUUUUUGUGGGCAAAUAGUGGCCGAUACAAUCGUAUAUCACAAUGUUUUUUAUCGGUUCAUAAUCACCAUAGGACCAAGGUUGACAUCGCCUAGUGUGUGUCUGUAUAGUUUUAGUAACAUGUAUAUUGUGUGUGUAUUUCCAGUGUGCCAAGACGUUCCUGAACCUGAUGGCUCAUAUCUCUAAGGAGCAGACUGUCCAGUACAUUCUCACUCUAAUAGAUGAUACCCUGCAGGUAACACACACACACACACACACACACACACACUACAGGUAACACACACUACAGGUAACACACACUACAGGUAACACGCGUGUUCACGCUUACCUAGAGAUGCAAAGAUACCAUAGCAACCUUUUCUGAAUCAUCUGUUUUUACUGUUAAGUUUUUCGCUUUUGUCUGGGGAUGUGAAUGUAGGAGUCGAGGUCUUCACAGGUCCAAAAAGUUUAAAACAUAGAGACCCGUUCCGAAUGGACCCGAGGACGACUAGACCCAUUCCGUAUAGACCUGGUCUGAUCCAGACCCGAUCUGAGUGUGGGAAUCAGCAGAAAAUUUAUUUUUUUAAGCUACUUUAUUAACCGGAGAUGACAACGUGCGAGAGGAGGGGGAGGGGCCGUACUCUGAGCGAGCGACAUGGGGAGGAGAGAGGGAGAGACAGCAACCAACCAUGCAGACUCCCACUACAGUAGACUAACAGCUGCCAUAGCUAGGUUAUUUACCAUCCAAUAUGAUUACAUAGUACGUGUCUUGACUGCAUCAAACCGAGAGAAGCUAGGUAAGCUAGCUAACGUUAGCUAGCGAGGCUAACUGAGGCUACAGUGCAUGUGCUUUCUCAUCCAACAGUUACCAAUAACAUCUCCAUUCAGAAUAUGAAGUAGCAGCCUACCUGUUGUCUCUUGGUCAUUGUAGCCUGUCCUUCUCCUUUAACUUCCAUUGAUUAGAGAUCUGUUAACUUUUACCACACAGAGGCUCUAUAACUGGAGUCUGCUGCAGCUUUGAUGACUCAUGAUUGUCCAACAACAAGCUACACGCUCCACUCAUGAAAAGCAACAGCAGCAGCAUAAAUGCUAACAUCUCUCUCUACUGCAGCACUCUGUUAGGAUCUGUACGGGCCCUUCUGGACAAGUCAGUUCAAAUUACACAUACCUGUGACAGUCAGAUCCGACCCAGACCUGUGACAUUUAUUUAGAAUUUUGGAUCCAGACCCACUCGGGUCAUGGAUCAGGUCUCGGUUGUUCUGGUACAGGUGGAUCCGUGAAGACCUCUAUGUAGGAGAACCAUCAGAGUUCUGUUAACCCUUUACACUCGUGGGAAUUGGCCUAUAUGAAUACAGUUAAAUUGAAAUGUUUCUUACAGAAGAAAUAUGGAAAGCAUAUUCAUAACCAGUUUGGAGAUUAUGGGAAAAUGUAUUAGAUAAAGUUUAGGACACAACAGACCAGCUGACACAAGUCUGAGUUCCAACAUUACACUGUGGAUUUGAUGUGCAUUUUACAUUUACUGUACUUUUCACCACAUUUGUUGAUAACGAAAUCUCAAAAUACUCUGAAUACAUCCAGUAACAUGAUUAGAAUAUUCUUUAAAAAUGUGGGGUUUGUGCAACAUAAGACAAACUGACAAGGGUUUGAGUGAGAGGUCUCCAAGUGGCCGCACAGUUCCUAAGUCAUUUCAAUGCACUUUUAUGACUCAAAGAAGAGGUCAACUAUAAGAUGCAUUUUUGAGCUGUUAACUUUUCAGUUGAGGAGCUAGAGGAAGCACACUUAGUGUAGUAGUUUAGUUUGGAACACAGCCCUGCAUCCCCGCCAUCACAGUUACUGCUGUUUACGCAAUCCAAAAACACUCCAUUAUAAAUCGCAAUCUGCGUCAGGUGGACGUCAUUUGAGGGCUUGUUCUAUUGCCAACAUGACUAGCUAAAUUAUAAAUACAAUCUUCUAGUAUUAGGCCUUCAAGGCAAUUCAGAGAAGCAGAUGGUAAUUUUGGUGCUCAUAGAAUGGAGUGGAGUGCAUUCAAAUGUGUGGUCCGCGGCACCUUGUCUUCACAAUACAACAAACAGGCUCGUUUUGUUCAAGACAACCCAGGGAAUAACGCCAUGUCAUCUUGGAACAGGCUCGUUCUGUUACCAAUUGGCCAUGAAUACAUUAAAUUGAAAGUUUCUUACAGACAAACAGGAAAGCCAUAUUCAUGAACCCGUUUGGAGAUCCAGGGAAAAUGUAUUGGAAAACGUUUUUAGGACACCCAACAGACACUUGAACAGGUCUGAGUUCAGACAUACCCGUGGAUACUCAUGUGCAUCUUACAGUUCUGUACUUUUCACCACAUCUCGUUGAUAACGAAAUGUCAAAAACUCGUAAUACAUUCCAACCAUGAUUGAAUACAUUCUUUGAAAAUGGGGGUUUGUGCAACAUAAGACAAACUGACAGGGUGUGAGUGAAGGUCUCCAAGUUGGCCCGCGACAGUUCCUAAGUCAUUUCAAUGCACUUUUAUGACUCAAAGAGAGGUAACAUAAGAUGUCAUUUUUGAAGCUGUUACUUUUCAGUGAGGAGCUCAGAGAACCCACUUAGUGGUAGUAGUUUGUUUGGAACACACCCUGCAUCCCCAGCAUCACAGUACUGCUGUUUACGAGGGAAUAACGCCAUGUCAUCUUGGAACAGGCCUUCGUUCUGUUCAGGACAACCAGGGAAUAACGCCAUGUCCAUCUUGGAACAGGCUUCGUUCGGUUCAUGGACAAACCCAGGGAAUAACGCAAUGUCAUCUUGGAACGAGGCUCGUUCUGUUCAAUGACAACCCAGGGAAUAACGCCAUGGUCAUCUUGGAACAGGCUCGUUCUGUCAGGACAAACCCCAGGGAAUAACGCCAUGUCAUCUUGGAACAGGCUCGUUCUGUUUCAGGACAACCCAGGGAAUAACGCCAUGUCAUCUUGGACAGGCUCGUUCUGUUCAGGACAACCCAGGGAAUAACGCCAUGUCAUCUUGGAACAGGCUCGUUCUGUUCAGGACAACCCAGGGAAUAACGCCAUGUCAUCUUGGAACAGGCUCGUUCUGUUCAGGACAACCCAGGGAAUAACGCCAUGUCAUCUUGGAACAGGCUCGUUCUGUUCAGGACAACCCAGGGUAUAACGCCAUGUCAUCUUGGAACAGGCUCGUUCUGUUCAGGACAACCCAGGGAAUAACGCCAUGUCAUCUUGGAACAGGCUCGUUCUGUUCAGGACAACCCAGGGAAUAACGCCAUGUCAUCUUGGAACAGGCUCGUUCUGUUCAGGACAACCCAGGGAAUAACGCCAUGUCAUCUUGGAACAGGCUCGUUCUGUUCAGGACAACCCAGGGAAUAACGCCAUGUCAUCUUGGAACAGGCUCGUUCUGUUCAGGACAACCCAGGGUAUAACGCCAUGUCAUCUUGUAACAGGCACAUUCUGUUCAGGACAACCCAGGGAAUAACGCCAUGUCAUCUUGGAAACAGGCUCGUUCUGUUCAGGACAACCCAGGGAAUAACGCCAAGGCAUCUUGGAACAGGCUCGUUCUGUUGAGGACAACCCAGGGUAUAACGCCAUGUCAUCUUGGAACAGGCUCGUUCUGUUCAGGACAACCCAGGGUAUAACGCCAUGUCAUCUUGGAACAGGCUCGUUCUGUUCAGGACAACCCAGGGAAUAACGCCAUGUCAUCUUGGAACAGGCUCGUUCUGUUCAGGACAACCCAGGGAAUAACGCCAUGUCAUCUUGGAACAGGCUCGUUCUGUUCAGGACAACCCAGGGAAUAACGCCAUGUCAUCUUGGAACAGGCUCGUUCUGUUCAGGACAACCCAGGGUAUAACGCCAUGUCAUCUUGUAACAGGCGCGUUCUGUUCAGGACAACCCAGGGAAUAACGCCAUGUCAUCUUGGAACAGGCUCGUUCUGUUCAGGACAACCCAGGGAAUAACGCCAAGGCAUCUUGGAACAGGCUCGUUCUGUUGAGGACAACCCAGGGUAUAACGCCAUGUCAUCUUGGAACAGGCUCGUUCUGUUCAGGACAACCCAGGGUAUAACGCCAUGUCAUCUUGGAACAGGCUCGUUCUGUUCAGGACAACCCAGGGUAUAACGCCAUGUCAUCUUGGAACAGGCUCGUUCUGUUCAGGACAACCCAGGGAAUAACGCCAUGUCAUCUUGGAACAGGCUCGUUCUGUUCAGGACAACCCAGGGAAUAACGCCAUGUCAUCUUGGAACAGGCUCGUUCUGUUCAGGACAACCCAGGGUAUAACGCCAUGUCAUCUUGUAACAGGCGCGUUCUGUUCAGGACAACCCAGGGAAUAACGCCAUGUCAUCUUGGAACAGGCUCGUUCUGUUCAGGACAACCCAGGGAAUAACGCCAUGUCAUCUUGGAACAGGCUCGUUCUGUUCAGGACAACCCAGGGAAUAACGCCAUGUCAUCUUGGAACAGGCUCGUUCUGUUCAGGACAACCCAGGGAAUAACGCCAUGUCAUCUUGGAACAGGCUCGUUCUGUUCAGGACAACCCAGGGAAUAACGCCAUGUCAUCUUGGAACAGGCUCGUUCUGUUGAGGACAACCCAGGGAAUAACGCCAUGUCAUCUUGGAACAGGCUCGUUCUGUUCAGGACAACCCAGGGUAUAACGCCAUGUCAUCUUGGAACAGGCUCGUUCUGUUCAGGACAACCCAGGGAAUAACGCCAUGUCAUCUUGGAACAGGCUCGUUCUGUUCAGGACAACCCAGGGAAUAACGCCAUGUCAUCUUGGAACAGGCUCGUUCUGUUCAGGACAACCCAGGGAAUAACGCCAUGUCAUCUUGGAACAGGCUCGUUCUGUUCAGGACAACCCAGGGAAUAACGCCAUGUCAUCUUGGAACAGGCUCGUUCUGUUCAGGACAACCCAGGGAAUAACGCCAUGUCAUCUUGGAACAGGCUCGUUCUGUUCAGGACAACCCAGGGAAUAACGCCAUGUCAUCUUGGAACAGGCUCGUUCUGUUCAGGACAACCCAGGGAAUAACGCCAUGUCAUCUUGGAACAGGCUCGUUCUGUUCAGGACAACCCAGGGAAUAACGCCAUGUCAUCUUGGAACAGGCUCGUUCUGUUCAGGACAACCCAGGGAAUAACGCCAUGUCAUCUUGGAACAGGCUCGUUCUGUUCAGGACAACCCAGGGAAUAACGCCAUGUCAUCUUGGAACAGGCUCGUUCUGUUCAGGACAACCCAGGGAAUAACGCCAUGUCAUCUUGGAACAGGCUCGUUCUGUUCAGGACAACCCAGGGAAUAACGCCAUGUCAUCUUGGAACAGGCUCGUUCUGUUCAGGACAACCCAGGGUAUAACGCCAUGUCAUCUUGGAACAGGCUCGUUCUGUUCAGGACAACCCAGGGAAUAACGCCAUGUCAUCUUGGAACAGGCUCGUUCUGUUCAGGACAACCCAGGGAAUAACGCCAUGUCAUCUUGGAACAGGCUCGUUCUGUUCAGGACAACCCAGGGAAUAACGCCAUGUCAUCUUGGAACAGGCUCGUUCUGUUCAGGACAACCCAGGGAAUAACGCCAUGUCAUCUUGGAACAGGCUCGUUCUGUUCAGGACAACCCAGGGUAUAACGCCAUGUCAUCUUGUAACAGGCGCGUUCUGUUCAGGACAACCCAGGGAAUAACGCCAUGUCAUCUUGGAACAGGCUCGUUCUGUUCAGGACAACCCAGGGAAUAACGCCAAGGCAUCUUGGAACAGGCUCGUUCUGUUGAGGACAACCCAGGGUAUAACGCCAUGUCAUCUUGGAACAGGCUCGUUCUGUUCAGGACAACCCAGGGUAUAACGCCAUGUCAUCUUGGAACAGGCUCGUUCUGUUCAGGACAACCCAGGGAAUAACGCCAUGUCAUCUUGGAACAGGCUCGUUCUGUUCAGGACAACCCAGGGAAUAACGCCAUGUCAUCUUGGAACAGGCUCGUUCUGUUCAGGACAACCCAGGGAAUAACGCCAUGUCAUCUUGGAACAGGCUCGUUCUGUUCAGGACAACCCAGGGUAUAACGCCAAGGCAUCUUGGAACAGGCUCGUUCUGUUGAGGACAACCCAGGGUAUAACGCCAUGUCAUCUUGGAACAGGCUCGUUCUGUUCAGGACAACCCAGGGUAUAACGCCAUGUCAUCUUGGAACAGGCUCGUUCUGUUCAGGACAACCCAGGGAAUAACGCCAUGUCAUCUUGGAACAGGCUCGUUCUGUUCAGGACAACCCAGGGUAUAACGCCAUGUCAUCUUGGAACAGGCUCGUUCUGUUCAGGACAACCCAGGGAAUAACGCCAUGUCAUCUUGGAACAGGCUCGUUCUGUUCAGGACAACCCAGGGAAUAACGCCAUGUCAUCUUGGAACAGGCUCGUUCUGUUCAGGACAACCCAGGGAAUAACGCCAAGGUAUCUUGGAACAGGCUCGUUCUGUUGAGGACAACCCAGGGAAUAACGCCAUGUCAUCUUGGAACAGGCUCAUUCUGUUCAGGACAACCCAGGGAAUAACGCCAUGUCAUCUUGUAACAGGCUCGUUCUGUUCAGGACAACCCAGGGAAUAACACCAUGUCAUCUUGGAACAGGCUCGUUCUGUUCAGGACAACCCAGGGAAUAACGCCAAGGCAUCUUGGAACAGGCUCGUUCUGUUGAGGACAACCCAGGGUAUAACGCCAUGUCAUCUUGGAACAGGCUCGUUCUGUUCAGGACAACCCAGGGUAUAACGCCAUGUCAUCUUGGAACAGGCUCGUUCUGUUCAGGACAACCCAGGGAAUAACGCCAUGUCAUCUUGGAACAGGCUCGUUCUGUUCAGGACAACCCAGGGAAUAACGCCAUGUCAUCUUGGAACAGGCUCGUUCUGUUCAGGACAACCCAGGGAAUAACGCCAUGUCAUCUUGGAACAGGCUCGUUCUGUUCAGGACAACCCAGGGUAUAACGCCAUGUCAUCUUGUAACAGGCGCGUUCUGUUCAGGACAACCCAGGGAAUAACGCCAUGUCAUCUUGGAACAGGCUCGUUCUGUUCAGGACAACCCAGGGAAUAACGCCAAGGCAUCUUGGAACAGGCUCGUUCUGUUGAGGACAACCCAGGGUAUAACGCCAUGUCAUCUUGGAACAGGCUCGUUCUGUUCAGGACAACCCAGGGUAUAACGCCAUGUCAUCUUGGAACAGGCUCGUUCUGUUCAGGACAACCCAGGGAAUAACGCCAUGUCAUCUUGGAACAGGCUCGUUCUGUUCAGGACAACCCAGGGUAUAACGCCAUGUCAUCUUGGAACAGGCUCGUUCUGUUCAGGACAACCCAGGGUAUAACGCAUGUCAGCUUGUAACUACAUCAAAAAUGGUGAUCAUACAUUUUGACAUUGUAUAUGACAGUUUUAUGAUAUGGAAAUGUGAAGUGCACAUUUGGACUCGCGUGUGUUUUUGGCUUGUUUCUGUGACAUGAUUUAUGAUCCUCAACGUCUCAACUUUCAAAAUACAUUGAGACCUCUUAAUUUACAGCAUUAACCUCAGACAACAAAAAAAUAUGCAAAAAUUGCCUAAUUAGCGGGAGGGGUGGGGGCAACAUGUUGUUGCGCGCGGUGCUGGAGUUCAGAACGGCUGUCAGUCGAAACCCAUACAGAGCUGUGAAGUGGAGACCCUGAGCUCUGACAUCUUGUAUAGCAUGUUACUGUACAGCCACUCGUACCAAUCAGUGUCCAAAUCUGCCAUUUUCAACCCGUAUAUGGGUACGAGUGUAAAGGGUUAAUGUUCCUUUGCCUGUUCCUUUAGAACCACUCAAGGUUAAAACAGAGUUAUGUUGUAUUUCUGUAGGAGAAUCACCAGAGGGUGAACAUCUUUUUCGACUACUCCAAAAAGACCAAGAACACCGCCUGGUCCUACUUUCUGCCCAUGCUCAACCGCCAGGACCUGUUCACCGUCCACAUGGUUAGUAUGACUACGCCAUACACUAACCUACAGUUAGCACUGAGGAAGAGAGGAAGAGAUGAGAGGACGGAGAGAGAAGGAUGAGAGGAGAGAAGCAUGAGGAGAGAGAGAGGAGAGAGGAGAGAGGAGAGAGAGGAGAGGAAGGGGAGAUGGGAGGAGAUAGAAGAGGAGUAGAGGGAGAGAGUGGAGUAGGGGGAGAGGGAGGUAGAGGAGAGAGGGUAGGAGGAGAGAGGAGCGAGGAGUAGGUUAGAGAGAGGUUGAGGGAUAGGCACAGGCUCGAGGGAGUAGCGCAUUGUCUAGUGUAGAGAGGAUGGCGUGGGAGUGUCUGAUGAGGUAUUUUUAGUUUUUGUUGUUAGUGUUUAUGGUGAUUGUUCUCAGGGCGUUUAGUCUGGGUUUUUUCUUGUUACGGAUGUGUAAGGUAUUUAGGUGUCCGGAGUGGGGUGAUGUGUUUGUUAUUUUUUUACUUCUUCUUUUAUUUAGUGAGUUUUCGUAAUAGUUUCUGGUACUCUGAGGGAGUUGAGGGGGAGAGACUGAAAAGAAGAGGACAGCUAGACUAUUCAAAGCAGAUGUCUUAUGAUGUAUUCACAAUGACCAGAAGGUUAUUUGCAUAUAGUUUGGAUUUCCAUAUUUAUUGUGGCCUUUUGUUGUAAAAUAUUAGAAAUGGAAGGAUUCUUUUGAUCUCUAGCUCUCUCUGGGAGAGGAGAGAUGCACUUCAUAGAUAGUGGAAUGUCUGCUGCAUUAACAUGACUGUGGAAAUGGAAUUUGAACAAUAAGCCAUACCAUCAGCAUUGAAUAGUGAGUGACUUUAAUAUUGAGCUGGCUCAGGCUGGGCUUUAGGGUCUGACUUGUAGUCUCUCCUUUCUCCCAGGCGGCCAGGAUCAUCGCUAAGCUAGCAGCCUGGGGUCGUGACCUGAUGGAGGGAAGUGACCUCAACUACUACUUCAACUGGAUCAAGACCCAGCUCAGCUCCCAGGUAUAUAACCCUCUGAUCUAA